AUGGAACAGACAUCACAUUCAUCAAGUCGACCGAAAAGGAAACACGAUAGCAUGAUAAAUGAAAAUCUAGAAACCUUUCAAAAUGAGAUAAAAUUGAUACUACAACAGUGGAAAGAGGAACAAGAUAGUAAACUAUUACAGAUUCAAAAUGAUAUGGAUACUAUAAAGGGUCAAAUUUCAGAUAUUAAAAAAACUAAUACAGAUAUAGAAAAAACCUUGGAAUUUAUGACAGGUCAGUAUGACAAUUUAAACUUAAAAGUGAAUAGUCUUGAAAAGGAAUGUAAGGAUUAUUCUGCUAAAAUAACUAUAUUGGAGAACAGGAUUGAAGAUAUGACUAGGCAUAAUUUUCAAACGAAGAUUGAAAUUAAAAAUGUUCCAAUGGAAUAUCCAGAAUCUCAGCCAAAGUUGUUAGAAAAAGUCCUUAACAUUUCAUCCAUACUAAAUAUCGAUAUAUCGUCGCAAAUCCGCAACGUUCAACGAUUAUCAGUAAAAGCUCAGACUAAUAAUCCCAUUGUGGACGAGUUCACUUCUCCUAUCUCAGCAAAUAAGUUUCUAAACGCAGUUAAAAAAUUUAAUUCUCCAUUAAUCAAAGCCAAAAAACUAAGCACGAACUAUCUUGGGAUAUCUGGACCGCACAAACCAAUUUACAUAACGGAACUUUUAACACCAAAAACGAAAAGACUAUUCUAUUUAACAAGGGAACUCAAUAAGAACAAAUUUUUCAAAUAUUGCUGGACUGUCAAUGGAAAAAUUUAUCUCAGAAAGGAGGAAGGGUCCCAACUAAUACAAGUACGCAGUGAGGAGCAACUUCAGGAAAUAAGGAACAAAAAUUCUCUUUGA